GGGGGUAGAGUGAGGAAGGGGGGGGGCAAACACACUCAAACCCCUCCCUCCCCGAGUGUGCGCCUUCGUCGCAGACGACCGCCGCCAGUUACGCUUCCCUUUUCCCCGUCAGCCUCGCCCACCAGUGGGAAGGAAAAGACGGGACACAACUACAGCAGGGCGGACGAGCAAGCAAGCGGCCCCGCAGUUUCUUCUUGACAACCCCCACCCCCGCAUCCCCGCAGGAAGGAAGGCAAGAUGAUCGCAGCUCAGCUCCUGGCCUACUACUUCACCGAGUUGAAGGAUGAUCAACUCAAAAAGAUCGACAAGUACCUCUACUCCAUGCGGCUCUCCGACGAGACCCUCAAGGACGUCAUGAACCGCUUCCGCCGGGAGAUGGAGGAUGGCCUGGGCCACGGCACCAAUCCCAACGCCACGGUCAAGAUGUUGCCCACCUUUGUCAGGUCCAUCCCUGACGGUUCAGAGAAGGGGGAUUUCAUCGCCCUGGAUCUCGGGGGCUCCAAUUUCCGCAUCCUGCGAGUCAAGGUGACCCAGGAUAAAAAGCAACCGGUUCAAAUGGAGAGCCAGGUCUACGAGACGCCCGACGACAUCAUUCACGGGAGCGGCACUCAGCUUUUCGACCACGUGGCGGACUGCCUGGGCGACUUCAUGGAGAAACAAAAGAUUAAGGACAAAAAGCUUCCCGUGGGAUUCACCUUCUCUUUUCCCUGCGCCCAAAGCAAACUGGAUGAGGUAAGCGUGCCGAGAUACGCUGCCAAAGAAAAGGAACAUUGGAUGAUUUCAUGGCGGGCCUCGCAACCGAUUGGUUUGCAGGCCGUCUUAGUGACCUGGACCAAGAAGUUCAAGGCCAGCGGCGUGGAAGGCGCGGACGUCGUCAAACUCCUCAACAAGGCCAUCAAGAAACGCGGGGACUACGAGGCCGACAUCAUGGCGGUGGUCAACGACACGGUGGGGACCAUGAUGACGUGCGGCUUUGACGACCAGCGCUGCGAGGUGGGCAUCAUUAUAGGAACGGGAACCAACGCCUGCUACAUGGAAGAAAUGCGUCACAUCGACCAGGUGGAGGGCGACGAGGGUCGGAUGUGCAUCAACACCGAGUGGGGGGCCUUUGGCGACGACGGAACCUUGGAGGACCUGCGCACCGAGUUUGACCGCGAGAUCGACAGGGGCUCCAUCAACCCGGGAAAGCAGCUUUUUGAGAAGAUGGCCAGCGGCAUGUACAUGGGGGAGCUGGUGCGACUCAUUCUGGUCAAGAUGGCCAAAGAAGGUCUGCUGUUUGAAGGACGCAUCACGCCCGAGCUCCUGACAAAAGGGAAGAUUGAGACCAAGCACGUCUCGGCCAUUGAAAAGACGAAAGAAGGUCUGAAGAAGUGCAUGGAAAUCCUAAGCAGGCUGGGGGUGGAGCCCUCCGAUGAAGACUGCCUCGCCGUGCAGCACGUGUGCACCAUCGUGUCCUUCCGCUCGGCCAACCUGAUCGCCGCCACCCUGGGGGGCAUCCUGUCUCGCCUGAAGGAGAACAAGGGUGUGGCUCGCCUUCGCACCACCGUGGGCAUCGACGGCUCCCUCUACAAGAUGCACCCUCAGUACGCCCGCCGCCUGCACAAGAUGGUGCGGCGCCUGGUGCCGGACUCGGACGUCCGCUUCUUGCUGUCGGAGAGCGGGAGCGGCAAGGGCGCCGCCAUGGUGACGGCGGUGGCUUACCGGCUGACGGAGCAGGCGCGGCAGAUCCAGCGGACCCUGGCCGAGUUCCGGCUGGGCAAAGCUCAGCUGCUGGAGGUGAAGAAGCGCAUGCGGGUGGAGAUGGAAAGAGGCCUCAGGAAGGACACGCACCAGGAGGCCACCGUCAAAAUGCUGCCCACAUACGUCCGAAGUACGCCGGACGGAACAGAAAACGGAGACUUCCUGGCUCUGGACCUCGGCGGGACAAACUUCCGUGUGCUUCUGGUCAAGAUUCGCAGCGGCAAGAGGCGCUCUGUGGAGAUGCACAACAAAAUCUACGCCAUUCCCAUCGAGGUUAUGCAGGGGACGGGAGAGGAGCUCUUCGACCACAUCGUGCACUGCAUCUCGGACUUCCUGGACUACAUGGGGAUGAAGAGCGCCCGUUUGCCGCUGGGCUUCACCUUCUCCUUCCCUUGCCAUCAGACCAGCCUGGAUGCAGGGAUACUGGUGACCUGGACCAAAGGCUUCAAAGCCACCGACUGCGAGGGCGAAGAUGUGGUGGAGCUUCUGAGGGAGGCCAUCAAGAGGAAAGAGGAAUUUGAGCUGGACGUGGUGGCCAUCGUCAACGACACCGUGGGCACCAUGAUGACCUGCGCCUAUGAGGAACCCACCUGCGAGGUGGGCCUGAUUGCGGGGACGGGCAGCAACGCCUGUUAUAUGGAGGAGAUGAAAAACGUGGAGAUCGUGGAAGGGAACGAAGGUCGGAUGUGCGUCAACAUGGAAUGGGGAGCGUUCGGAGACAACGGUUGCCUGGAUGACAUCAGAACCCAGUACGACCAGGCGGUGGAUGAGAACUCGCUCAACGAAGGCAAACAAAGAUACGAGAAGAUGUGCAGCGGCAUGUACCUGGGGGAGAUCGUCAGGCAGAUUUUGAUUGACCUCACCAAACGCGGAUUCCUUUUCCGCGGACAAAUCUCGGAAACGUUAAAGACCAGAGGCAUCUUUGAGACAAAGUUCCUGUCUCAGAUCGAAAGCGAUCGGCUGGCUCUGCUGCAGGUCAGGGCCAUCCUGCAGCAACUGGGGCUGGACAGCACCUGCGACGACAGCAUCAUCGUCAAGGAGGUUUGCGGUACGGUGUCCCGCCGCGCCGCCCAGAUCUGCGGGGCCGGCAUGGCAGCGGUUGUGGACAAGAUUCGCGAGAACCGGAGACUGGACCACCUGGAUGUGACCGUGGGCGUGGACGGAACGCUCUACAAGCUGCACCCACAUUUUUCGCGGAUCUUCCAGCAAACGGUGAAAGAGCUCUCCCCGAAAUGCGACGUGAAUUUCCUCCUGUCCGAGGACGGUAGUGGGAAGGGGGCCGCCCUCAUCACAGCGGUGGGCUGCCGUCAGAGGGAGCAGGAAGCUCAGCAACACUGAAGGCACUCGCGGGAAAAGGACGAAAGGAACUCUCCGCCGCUUCGUGGCCAUCGUUCGCCCCCCAUCCCUCCAACGGCCGUGACCCACCCCCCCGCCGCUUGACCGCUGCCCCCAAGUCAGGGCGGCGCACAACAAGCUCUGCAUAUUUAUUGCUCGGCACCAGCAGCUUUCUGGCGUUUGUCCGUUCGCCUCGGUAGCUCGUCGUUGUCUAAACUCCGUGGGUGUCUAAUAUUUGUGUAUUGCUAACCUUAUUUUUAUAUGGAGGCAAAUAGAUGACUAUUUAUACAGCCGAGGCCAUUCCCAUAACAUUUUACACCACCGGGACAAGAAAAUGCUUUCACUUUUUAUAAACACACACACACAGAAGCCUGAUGGGCCAAGCAAGGCGUUCCCCAAGGUACCUUGCGAAACGCUGGGCAACAAGAGCUCGCCGGCAAGUCACGGCUGCCCCGUUCCUUCCCAUGACAUCACGCGCAAAGUUAAACGAGCAGAGAUUGGGGACUCGAGUUGUUGCAAAUUGGACUUGACCAAAGGUUCUCGGUUGUAGGUUGAGAAAUAAGUUCAAGUUCAAAGUCUGCCGUCUCUUUCGGAAAGCCGCAAGUCCACGCAGCGGUUGGUUUGGCCAAUUGGCGCAAGACAAAAAUGACGUGUUCUGAUCUCUGCCCGUUGACUGCUGGUGUGCAUCUUGUCCGUGUUGGUCACGUGUCCAUGUAGCGGGCGGCAAAUGUUAGCCGUCGUUUAGAACUUCUUUGUGAACUACUACGCUUUAUUGUCGUGAUGAACCCCGCAUCAACUCUGACCGCGAGGGGUGGAGUACUACUACUACUGCUGCUGCUGCUUUAUUGUGUAUAUUGUGUCAGGGGCGUGCGUGCGUGUAUGUGUCCGAGCAGUCCGCUUCCAGUGUCUAAAAGCUGUGUGGAGACCGCAUGCCUUACACACAGACGAGAAUGGGAACGCACGAGAUGUGAUGCCUUUUGUUUCACGCGGAAGAAGACGACACUUGAUGAUUAAAUUCUAUUUUGUUGUGGAACAAA